AUGAGGCGGGCUUUCAGGUCAGAAGCAGUGGGAUAUCGCAUAUCCUCAGGAUGGCGAAUCGGCCCCUCUCUACUAGAGAACCUCCGAACCUCCUGCGCUCAUGAUAUACCGAAUAUAAUCCAGAGCCAGAAUAGAGAACGAUAUAAUAUCCCCAUUAUACGGCCAGGUGGGCACCGGCAUGUACAUAUAUCAAAAGCUGCCCCCGCACAUCUAGCGAUCACCGCUGCUCCAGUUCAAACUGGUGUAAGACCCCCGCCAGAAACCGCGAUACCGCGACAGUGGGAGGUAGAAGAAGAAAUGGAGUCGAGGCUGGUAUCUCACCUGAUGCUUGUACAUUCCCUUGGCCCACAAGGUAGAGAACGGCAACGGCAUCGGUCCAGGAAUCCGGAGACUGAUAGUGAUGAGCUUGACCGUUCAAGGCGAGCUUUCAACAACCCAACAAUCCCGGCCUAUAAGUUACAUCAUAAGAUACAUGCAGGGAAGAUGAAACACGGCGCCCUAUCGCAUUAUUGGACCAGCCACCGCCACCGGGAGCUGCUACUGGCCAAGAGAACAGGUCAGUUGCCUGCAUUGCCAGCCAACCAUGCGCCCAGCGGAGUUACCCUGCGAGACCCGGGCCAGUUGGGAGUCAAAGAGAGGGCCAACGACACUUCUCGAGCUUCUGCAGAGACGAGAAGGGCGGGGAUCUCUCGCAGUUCGUGA